CAGAGUAUGCUGGGGAUGUGGGGGUGUUCUUGCAGCCUGUGGUCCUCACUGCCAGACAGGUGCGGCCUGAAUGUGGCAGAUGAGGCUUUCUGAAAGCUGAUGCCUGGAUCCCAGCACUGGCUGAGCAUCAGGAUCGCCUUCUUUCACCCACCAGCUGGGGAUCCCGGGGGCAGGUACUGGGAAUCUGUGCAGCUCCCAAGGUGAUUCUGAUGCAUCCCCUCCCUGCUGUUGGGGACUCAGUGUCCCUGGAGCCACUUGGUAGGUAACACAUUUGUGAAAUGUGGAAGCAUUAUGGAGAUACUGCUAAGGAAGCUCAGGAGACCCCUGUCAGUCCCCUACUGUGUGAUUUGGGUCAGUCACUGUCCUCUGGGCCUCACUUUUUCCAGCUUCCCAGCAGGGGUGGUCCAGACCACGCCCAGCUUCAUAAUUCCUGGUACCAAGCUGCUGGUGUUCUGGACCAGGGCUGAAGGACUUGAGUUGGAAAGUACGGGCUCUGGCCCUUCCAGUCCAUCCUGUGGUGGUGCUCAGCAGUACUCAGAGCACCCUUUCUGGGGAGCUGGGAGGCUACAGUGGAACUGGACCCUUCAUCUCUAGUAACGACAACAGGUAGAGAUGCGCAGGUGUUGCCUCUUCCUCAUCCCGCCCCUUCCUGUUGUCCCCAGGAAGGGACUGUCAGUGGCCUUAGGAGCACUGGGUAUCUGAGUGUCCCAGGCUGACAUUUGAGCCCCAGCCUUACCACUUGGUAUUUUUGUAAGGGGCCUCAGGUUAGUUACUCAUCUGCAAAAUUAGAAUGAGCAGAGUAGCGGUCUGUCUGGGUGUGGAGGGCUCCAAGUGCCUCCCGCAGUGUACUCACAAAGUGGUGCCAGUGUUCUGAUUGCUAACACUUGUAGAACAUGUGGGUGUUCUGUGCAAGCAGGGCACAGGAGCAGAGUGAGUUUUUCUCCUUGUCCUCAGAGGCAUCCCUCCUCCGUCAGAGGGAGCUGUUGGGAUUGUGGUAGGUGCCCUGUUCUCGUGUCUCCACAGCAGGGGUGUGACCCCACAAAGGUACCCCAGGGUGGACAUCCCUGGGGCCAGUCCCUGAUGGUCCUGCUAUAAGGACCCUCAGGGCCUUGGCAAAGGCACUACAGUAGCCGAUUCCUGGGGCAUCUGAGCUGAAAGGGCCUAGCUUCCAGCCUUGCACUGGAAGGACAGCACCAUGCCCUGACCCUCCCCUGGGCCUCGAGGAUCAUGAGCAAAAUGAUGUCACAUGUGGCUCUCUGAGGUCAGUGCUCCUCACCCCAUCCUGCCCUGUAAUUACUUGCCUGUUUAUCUGUCGUCUCCCCUCUCGAGGUGAGCUCCCCACGGGCAGAGCUGGCCCACGUUAUAUCUUCCCGCUAAGUCCAGCAGGGACCUGGCACAGAGGAGACUGGAGAGUUUUGGGAAUGGCUCCCUCUCCAAAUUCUUGGGCCCAGCUACUGACCAGCAGCUCCACACUGGCCUUGGUGCCCCAGACCUCCUGACUGCUCUGGGUCCUCCCCUGGGAGUGGGCUGGCUGUCAGCUAUAGGUGAGAGACUCUGCUGGCUGUGUGUCCCUCCCCCAGCCUGGCCCCAGGGACUUCUUGAUGCAACUCCCCAGCUGGCCAGUGGGAGAGCCACCCAGGACUCAUGGCAGGAGGCCUGUCUGUGAUGCUAUGCCACCUUAAGCAGGCCUGUGUUUAUCUCUGGGCCAAAGGUCCCCGCUGUAGGGCCUGGGGGCACUUGGCCUGACUGGUCAUGGAGGCUGCCAGGGGGCAGGGGCCAAUCUCCAGCAACUUGGGUCCAUGGGGAGCUGAGUGCUCUUGGCUAAUUGCACUCUGCCUCCUGCGCUGCUGUGGCAAUAGCCCCUGAGUCCUGGAAGGAGUGGGCCCCAGGGAGCUCAUUAUUGUGCCUUACCUCCUCUUCUGUCCCCACUGGAGGCCCUGUUUGUUGUCACCCCUCACCUUGUGGGCCUGUUGCCCUUCAGGGCCUCCCUGCCUCACCCUGUUUUCUCCAUGGAAGGGCGUUGGGGCUGUUGGGCACCUCUGCCCCAUGCCCUCACCCCCACUCGGGGGACACGUCAGACUCAAGGCCACCACACCUUAAACAUAUGCUCCUCCAGGAAGCCACCUUUACCCCCUUGUCCUUGAGGCCACCUGGGGUUUGUGCAUACAGGAUUUGAAGCCACCCAGACCUGGGUUUGGUUUUUGCUGAGUCCCUUGCUAGUUGUGUGUUGACUUUGGGCAGGUCCCAUUCUUUCUCUCCUCAGUGUAAACCUGACCUUCCCAGCUCCCAGCCUUGUGGGACGAUUAAGGAAGCCUGAGGAGGGCAAGCCCUUAGCCUUUAGUGGCCUGCUGCAAUCCGUAAUUCCCUCCCCUUCCCCUCCAUGGACUCCCACCUAGCUCUAUGUCCUGCCAGACACUUCUUGGCAGUGGGCCCCCUCUCCGCGGGGAUCCCUGGUGAGGGCAUUAUGGCCUCCUGACUUCACUGUGUGCUCCCUGAGGGCCAGGCUGUGCACGGCAGGAGACCAGGGUUUAUGCACCUGAAAUCAGGAUGUGACAGUUUGGUUGAGCAUUGCCUUCAGCUAGACCUGGUCUGGUCUCAGCUAGACCCAAGGUCCCUGUGACCUCACCUCCCUAGGGCCGGACACAGUUCUGGGCCUGGGGGCAGGUCUGAUGCCUGCUCUGAGCCAGGUGUGUCUGGUUCUGGGCUUGGGCCCAGGCCCUGUAAGUCAAGCCUCUGACCCAGGAAAGCAUGAGAGUGGCCAGAGUCCCAGUCGAGUGUCUGGGGAAGCAAGGGCUAGGGUGGGCAGUGCUGGGCAGGGCCUGGAGAGCAUUUGGAGGCAGGGCCAGGUUGUCUUUUAGUUCCAUUUAAGCAUGUUUCCCCCUCUGUCUCUGCCCUUGUUAUGUGGGGAAUUUGUGCUUUUCAGUUACUUGGCAAUUCACUCACCAGGUGUUAGUUGGGCACCACAGUAGAUAGUGAUGACAGAAGAUUUGUAAAAGUACAAAGUAUAAAGGAGCCUAAGGUUAUCAUUAUUCACAAACGGUCCACAUGAAGGGUUUUCUAUAUUUCCUUCUAGUCUUUUUUCUAUUUGAGGUUAAAGAGAGUUUUUUUGUUUGGUUGGUUUUCCUGUUUAUAUGCAAAAAUUAGCAAUCACAUAUGUAAGUUUGGAGUUUGCACUUCUCUGUAUUUCUACAGCCUGCCUUCCAGCCUGUGGUGGGUCUGUGGACAUCAUCAGGCCCAGCCCCCACCUGCAACCUCCUGCUCCUUCCUGUCUCCUUGGCCACAAUGCUUAGUGCACCUCUCCUCCAGAUGUUCGUCCCUCCCCUCCCGCACUGGCCUUCCUCUGGCUCCCAUCACCUCGCCCUCCACCUUCAGUCUCCUGCCUGUUGGUGCCUCUCUGCCCCGGUGAAACCAGGCUCUCCCCAGGGGCCUUGUGCCCUGGGUCCUCAUCCCUCAGGGUCCAGAAAUAGGGGUUCCUCUUCCCCUGUGCUGCUUCCAGAUGUGACUCCCUCAUGCACACGCCUGGCUCCUGCCCACCACUUGUCCCCCUCCACCACCACCCCCAGCCCACUGUAGUGUUGUCCCCUGCCAAUCAGUGGUCCUGGCUGAUCACCCAGGCACAGGAGGCCUGCCACCUCCACUUUCCCAGCCUUUUCUACCCCAAGUAUUGCUGUUCCCCAGGGAUUACUGUGUCUGUGUGCCAACACCCUGCUGUCUUCGCCCUCACCUUGUUACUAUGGUGUCUGUUCUUGGUUUCAUCUCCAGCAGCCUUCACUUUCAGCCACCUUGGUCACUUGCUGCCGUAGUUGUAGCCCUGGCCUGGGACUAGAACUGCUCUCCCUGGAGGUCUUUAGUCAAUGGCUCCAUCUCUCUGACCUUAUCUCCCAGGCCUCUUGCUCCCUCCCUAGUCCAGACACACCUGUCCCUAAACCUCAUUUUAGCCCCAGCCAGUGCCCAUGUCCUGUCUCCCUGCCUGUCCACCUUCCUUUUGUCAUACUUGGGCCCCACGGUCCAUCACUUCAGUCGUUCCCUUGUCAGCUGUCCACUCACUCAGCAAGCACCUCCAAGGCCUUCUGUGUGGUGUGGCCUGUGCUGGUUGCUGGCUUAUACACCACAGGCAAACGCUAAGCAAACCUACAAAUAAAAAGCAAAAUCCAGUGCUGGGAAGGAUGGAAACACCUCUUUCCUGUGGAGCAAAGAGAAGCCCCAUUGAUUUACUUAGCCUCCAUCUGGCAAUUGACUGUGCUAGACCCUUCAGAUUAUUUUCAGUUGUUACAACUUGGCCUGUGACUCUGUCCUCUUUUCUGUGUGUGGCAUGUUGUGGCACAGGCCCCUUUCCCCCACGCCCGUGCACAGCUACAUUCACACACUCCAGUUCUUCCAUUUGCCCAUAUAUAAUAGCUGAGCUCCUGACAGGCACUGGGGAUAGAGGCAUUUGCCAGAUUCUUCCUCGGCCUUAGGUCUCCUGGGGGGAACUGAAGUUCAGUGCAGGUGGAACAUCUGGUGGGAUUUUAGUAACAGUGAAAUCUGGUCCUGUUGUGGUUAGGGUGGAGGCAGGGCUAGUAGGCCAAAGCCUUUUAGGUCAGUGAUUCUCAAAGCACAUCCUGGGACCAGCAGCGUGAGUGUCACCUGGGAGGUUGUUAAAAAUGCAGGUGUUCAGGCUCAUCACCUGUUAAAUAAACAACUCUGGGAUGGGGGCCAGGUGAUUCUGAUGCUCAAGUAUAAGAAGCUGGGGUCUAGGUGAGAGAUGAUGGUGGCUGGGCUGAGGUCCCGACAGUGGGAAUGGAGGGGAAAGUUCCAGGCCACUUCAGAAGCAGAAUUGACAGGCCUUGGCACUUGAGUGUGGAAGAGUCAAGGGUGGCUCUAUGGUUGGCUUGGGUGACUUCAGACAUCAAAUCAGCAGGGCCCUCUUGGGCCUGAGCUCUCCCACCACUCCUGGCAGCCUUCGCCUCUCCUCUGUGCCUCCAGUGAGUGCACACUGCCCUCCGCCCUCCCCUACCCUGCCUGUGAAGUGCUCCUGUCUUCAUGAGCAGGCCAGCUCCCAGCUGUCCCUGGUAGUCAGGGUGGUUGCCACAGCAGUUGACAUCAGCAUUCUGGUCCCUGUGGAGCCUGCCACCCUCCUGUCUGCCCACAACACCUGCAUUAUUGCUCCUGCAAGGAGCAGAGAUGAGGCAGGUGGGACCGCCCACACCCCCUGUUUUAAGAACUGGGUGGGGCUGAGAAGGGCCAGUGGCAAAGAGGGGAGGAGAUAAGGGGAGGGCAGAAGGGGGAGUGAGGCCCCCCUCUGGUGGCCUCUUCUCUUGGCAGCCAAGGCCGCAGCCCACUUGGCUCCUUGACGUUGGUGGGAGCAGCAGCAGCAGCAGCAGCACUUGGGCCAUGGCAGAGGAUGGGCCGCAGCAGCCACAGCUGGACAUGCCGCUGGUCCUGGACGAGGACCUGACCAAGCAGAUGCGUCUGCGUGUGGAGAGCCUUAAGCAGCGUGGGGAGAAGCGCCAGGAUGGUGAGAAGCUGCUACGGCCAGCCGAGUUCGUGUACCGCCUGGAUUUCAUCCAGCAGCAGAAGCUGCAGUUCGACCGCUGGAACAUUGUGCUGGACAAGCCAGGCAAGGUCACCAUCACAGGCACCUCGCAGAACUGGACGCCUGACCUCACCAACCUCAUGACACGCCAGCUGCUGGACCCCGCAGCCAUCUUCUGGCGCAAGGAGGACUCGGAGGCUAUAGAUUGCAACGAGGCCGAUGCCCUAGAGUUUGGGGAGCGUCUGUCCGAUCUGGCCAAGAUCCGCAAGGUCAUGUACUUCCUCAUCACCCUUGGCGAGGGGAUGGAGCCUGCCAACCUCAAGGCCUCUGUGGUUUUUAACCAGCUCUGAUGGCAGCUAUUUGUCACUGCCCCUCUUCUUGCCCAUCUGCCCUCUCCCCUGCCUGUACCUCCUGUCCCCCAGGUGUGUUUUGAGGGACAUUCUUCUAGUUGUUCAGCCUAUACCUGGCUUGGCCCAAGGCCCCCUGAGUCCCAUGUUCUUCCUUCUUUCCUUUUCCCUGGUGCCAGCACGCCAGCUCACAGGAGGAAGAUUUCAAGGCUCUGUAGUCUAGAAGCUGGAUUGGUUGCCGCUGCUGCUGCUAUAAACUGUAGAGGCCUGGUCGGAGCUAGUGUGAGCAGGUGGGAAGGCUUCUCUCUGCCUCAUUGUGAGGAAGAGAGAGAGAGACCAAAAAAGAACGAGCGAUCCAAAGAACCAGCCAGCCAUCUUCCUCCAGAGAUGGGGAGAUGGAGACAACAGGAGCAGCCUCCCUGGGGAACCCAGAGAGCAGCCUUGCUGCCCAGCUGCCUAAGCGCCCUUCAGUGAAGCCUGUGUUGAGAUGUCAACACCCAGCCCGAGGACCGUGGAAAGCACUUCUCCUGGCACCAGCCUGGUGUGGUCCACGACGCCUCAGCCAUCCUCAGGACGUGGGGCAGGGUUGCUGCAUGGGUGGAUUAGGCAGUGGGGAGUGGCUGCAUUCUGGAGGCUCGCAGGCUGGGCUCUGGCUCUUUGGGGCAUGACUUCAGGGGUGAAGUGGAGGGGAACACAUGAAGAGUCCCAUGGAGAUCUAUCUAUGUAUGUAAAUGUACAUAUUGAGAGAGCAUGCUAUAUUCAUACAGAUAUAUUCUAGAAGUCUAUACCUGGCCUGUGAACAAAUCUGAUUUUAGUUAUCUGUUGUUUAAUUGCUGCUGGUUCUGGGGUGGCUCUUAGCAGGGGCUUGGUCCUGAUGACCUUGGGAGAACUUCCUGAACUAGGAUACUCUGAGGUUCAUAUAGCAAAACAGGGAGCAGUUUAGUGAAGGAGUUCCACUGCUGGGGAAAGCUGGAUAGAGGGAUUCUAGGGCCCAGGAGUUGGACACAGUGGUUUCUCUGGUGUCCCCUGCUGGGAAGUUAGGUUUUGAGCUCACAGGUCAUGGAAGGCGAGUGUUUCAUCCUGAAACAUCUGUUGGCAUUUCUUGGGCUUCUUUAAUGGAGCUGAGGAGUAUAGUCAGGGAGGACUGGUGGGCAGUUAUGAUGGCUGAUGGUCAGAAGGGGCUGGGGGUGGCAGUGGGGUGAUGGCAGAACACAGCCCUCUGAGGUCAUCAGGUGGAACCCACUCUCCAAACAGACAGGGAAAGACGGGCGCAGUCAUCAGCAAACUCAGUUCUGGCCCCAAGCCUCAUUCUCAUUCACACUACACAGGCCCAGUGAGCCCCCUUUGAGCUGGGGGACUGACCUGCCACCUGACAUCAGCAAGUGCCCCUAAUACCCUGUCUCAAGGCCAGCCCUGUUUUGUUCCUGGCCAACCAGGGACAAAAUGCUCAUGACAUUUGCUCUCAAAAGGCAGAGUCAGUGGGACACAGAUGCACCAAGGGCUGGAGCUGGGGCUGCUGGGGGGGCACGUCCCUACCUUGGAGGCACGUGCAGGAGAUUCUGUUGGUGGGAGGUUGGCUGUGGGGCGAGCUCUGGUCCUUUCUCAACUCACAGCUCUGGGGCCUGUUCUGGGAUGUUCUUGAAGUCCCAUGCUGCCUGCCUUGUUCUCUGCUAUGACUGCAGAAGCCAACCUGCCUUUUGCCUUUUUACUUGACCUCUCCCUGCAGCUCUGGGACCCUCUUAGUCCAGACUGUCUGUCUCUCACACUGCUUCACCCUAUCUGCCCCUAGUAGGUCUAUGGCCCCUGGGGGCUGCGUGCCUCUGCUGUGCCUGCUGUGGGUCCCCAAUAAAGCCCAUGUGCGCUCUCAGUGAUGUGCAGUCUCUUGCUGUGAGUCCCUCCCCCACCCUCUCCCCACCAGGAGGCCUGCCUGGUUUCUACCCUCAGGCCCUGAGCCCUUUCCCACACGCCCCACUCCUCAUCCCACGCCUGCAAGGAUGAGGCCCAGAAUAGUCAGUGGCUGGUCAAGGCCAGGAUUGGGUUUUACUGGGUCUCUCUAUGCCCAGCCAGGAACCACCUCCCCUAUUUCUCCAUAGCCUCUGAUCUGCCUCUGUAGAGGGUGUGGAGAGAACCAUGCUGAGCCACAGGGAGGCACCAGGUUUAGUCUAGCUUCUGUCACCAAGUUGUGUGUGUCCUCAGGCAGCCCCGGGCCCUCUUCCAGCCUCAGACUCUGAGAGGGAACAGCCUCUAGCCUUCUCUAGUGAAAUCCCUUCUAGCCUUCUCUUUGGGGUCAUUAAACCCAUGACCGAUGGGGCUAUGUUGGGCACUGACACAGGCCACCUCCCCUUGUUUCCCCUUGGUCUACGUAGCUCUACACAGAGGGCAAGGAGGAGGUGAGUUUUGGGUGUGAGUGGACCAGGCUCCGGGCCAAUAGGUCUGUGACCCCAUGACACUGGUCCCCAGGAAGGGCCUGCUACAUGCCCCUACCCCACCUGAAGGCCCAGGUUAGGCAGCUCCUCCCUGGAGACAGGUUGAUCCCUGCCUCAGAGGCUACAUUUGUGAUUUUCCUUGGGAAUGAACUGCUUCAAACACCCCCAUCCAGCCAAGACUCAGAGUCCUGCAGAGCAGUUGCAGCCACCACAUUUUCCUUCCCUCUGUGCAGCCCCCCACAGCAUCCACAGAACCUUCCCAGCCUACACCUGGUUCUCAGGAGUCUCUACUCCCCAACAUUUCUCUUCUGAGCUUGUUCUCCAGACACUCCUGGAGGUGUGUGGGGUGGGAUGGGAGGGUCAAGGCAAAGGACCCAGCCCUCUUCUCUCAUAUAGCAGUGGGGGCCUGGCCCUCUCCCCAGAGUGCAGGGAAGGGGACGUGAACCACAAGGUGAAGAGACCUGGCAGUAUAAUGCAGGGGUAUGGGGCCCAGCCCCUCCACCCCACCCAGCUAUGUGACCCUGGGGGACCUUGGAGUCUAUUUCCUCAUCUGUGAGUUGAGGCGAAUGGUAGUGCCUCCCUCCUAGGCCUAUUGUGAAGAUCAAAUGAGUCCAUGCUAGUAAAGGGCUCAGCUUCUCAAAGCUGGCACACGGGCACCCUCUCUGGGUUUGUUCA